GCCGUUGUAUAUAUCCAGCUGGUUAAGAGCCCGACAUGGCCUUACGCUCGUUCCGACGAGGGUUUGAAUAAGUUUCGCAGCUUUGAUGAUGCGACUUGGUGGACGUCGGCGGAGAAGAUGGUGGGUGGCUGGCCUCAGCAUGCUCCUCGCCUGGCUCUGCAUGGAAAGGGAUGGCAUGAUGUUGGUGCAGCGAUGCUUCCGCUGCCGCAAUCAUACGGGAAAAUGAAAUGCUUAUACCUCAAUUUCCUCACCGUCAGAUCUUUGGCUCUGCUUGCCGAGCAUAUCAAGGUCUAUGGUGGCAUGGCAGCUGGCUCGGGCGGAUUGUAAAAUGUUGGGGGAUCUAGGGCAUAAUCGUGAUUGUCUUAGCUGAGAUUCCAGCUCCAGCCGCUAUUCCAG